GCUUGUUAGCGCGGAGGCUGCUGGAAUGUCACUCCCGCCUGGUCGCCUUGGUGGGAUCCACAUCGCCCAGGUUUCCCUGUGAGAACGUAACCAGCCCAAUCCUGUCGUACUUAUUCUGACAAAACACAACAUGUACAAAGUCAAAAGUCGCUCUGUGAAUCCAGGCAACUGUGCUUCCACAUAGCUACACAGGAAGUGAAGCCCUGCACGACUGUGUUCACGGCUAGACGGUGCCAAUGAUAUCUGUUGCUGGGCAUAACUAGUGGGCCUAUCGGCUGUCCGACUUUGUGACUACCAUUGAAUGAACCAGGAUAAAACUGAAUCCGACAUUGUUUGCUCCAUGUGAUUGUAAAAUUUAGCUGAAGUGAUCCUUGUAGGAACAUGGGCGGAACAACGACCAGAUAAACACCCAACGAUCACAUCCAGCACCAGCUCAUCGGCUGAUCCUUGUUGACGACGUCGAAGACGAAGAAGAAUGGUGCGAUGACCAAUGGACGAAGAGUCGGUUACUUUGAGAGGGUGGUAGGGGAAUUCUUUGGAGUGGGACUAGGCAUCACAAUAAUCUGUUUGCUUGGUUCGUUUUGUGUGGGCAGACAUGGAGUCGCGGCUGCCACAGACUUUGUGUCGGCCUGCCACACGUCCUACUAUAACAGGCCUAAGUGUAUAGACCACCCUGACGGUUAUGGAUGUGAGUGUGGUUCCGGCUUCCACUGGAACACGGAUAUGUGUAUGUCCACAGCAAUUGACUCCCGACUGGAGUUUAAGGAGAAAGAGCCUAAACGUUACACGAUGCUGCUUGGGAAAGGCUUCCCUGAGGUUGGGGCCUUUACCAUAGUCUACUGGAUCCGUUUGAGUAAGAACCAUUCCGUCGCUAAAAACGGCACCAUUCUCUCCUACAAACACGGCACCAAACUCGAUAUCAUCCAGAUGGGAGUCGACCACAAACUCUGGUUUCGUCUGUUUGACCGAGUGAAGUAUACCAAGAUCAUUCUUCCGGCCGGCGAGUGGGCCCAUGUGGCAUGGACAUGGGACUCGAAUGACGGUUCAUGGAAACUGUACUGGAAUACCGAAGAGGUAAACAGGGGCCGCCGGAACGCUUUCCGGAAACCGGUGAUCGCGGGAGGCGAGUUUGUAUUAGGUCAGGCGUCCCGGGAAGCCUUCGACUUCGACUCGAGUGUGGCAUUCAUGGGUGACCUGGCUCAUCUUCAUGUGUGGGAUUUUGUCAUGAGCCAUGACGAUAUCGUUCUGUUAAACAACUCCUGUACGUUUAUGUAUUGUGGGAACGUCGCGCAGUGGGCUGACUUCCGGAGUGGAACUCGAGGUGCCAUGCGCAUGAGAUGGCCUUCCGGUAUUCUAAAUGGAAUAUUAACAACUCUUCAGAAAGAGAAAUGUAAAACAGCUGAAGAGGAGGCGUUUACUUGUAACAAACACUGCAGUUUGACAAUAGGUGCACAAUGUAAUAAGGAUAUAGUUGAAAAUAUAGUCUGGGAACGGACAAAGGCUGUCAACUAUCUCAACGUGUCGUGUCCUGGCCAGGAAAACUUGGCCGCCAUGAAUGAAACCGUCGAAAACGCUACCCGGUUAUGUGACCAGACCCAACAGAAUGACGGAAUAUGGGGGAAGCCAUUUAUAGACAGAUGCAUCUCAAAAGACCUUAUGGAAAUCAAGGAUAAAGUUAAGAGAGCUUUUAAAGAACUAGACCUUAAUGAGAGCACAGUGUUCUACCUGGCGGAGUUGCUGUUAAACCAUACAAUAAAUAAUGUGUACACAAAUCCCAUAGACGUAGCCACAGUCAUAGAUCUACUGGGUCUCAUUGUGGAUACCCAAGACGAGGUUGCUAUCCUUAAAGAGAAGAAAUGGAGAGAAGGAGGAAAUGUUUAUGCCCAAACUGUAAAUGUUGUCAGAACGAAGGAAGAAAUUAAAAACUUUACAGAGGUGAUAAUUCGAACGGUAGACAACUUGUUGUCACGUAGAAAUGACGUGGGCUGGAACGCUACCAAACCGGCCGGAGUGGAGGGGGACAACCUGGUCAGUGCCCUUGAGGCCUUCGCCCGGACUGUUGCCAAGACAAUCCAAUACAAUAUACGUAUAGGCAUGAUCGACGGCAGUGAUGCCUCCAUCUUCGAAGCCAAAGGCAACAUUGAAUUCAAAGUUGACGUGCAUGCGUCGAGUCUAUUUCGAGGUUAUAUUUACCCAUCUAGCCUUGACCGUAAGCUGAUGAAAUCGCCAAACAAUAUCGGAGAGAUACGGUUACCGGAUAUUUUAAAGACACAAAAUGCGUCAUCUAUACCCGCCUUCAAAAUUUUGACGGCCAGUUUUCGCUUUAAACAUCUUGCCAUGUACCUGCCAAAUCACGAUCUUCAAACGAAAAGUAAGGAGGACAAUGUGAAUACCCCCAUCAUUGCUCUUUAUGUGUAUGCCGGAGAGUCUGCCUUCGUCAACAAUUUGUCGUCCCCUAUAGUGUUCAAACUACCAUUCCAAGACACAUUCAACAUAUCUAACCCGGAAUGUGUCCGUAUUAGGCACAGUUCAGUGUCCGCUGAGUGGCGCUGGCUAAGAGAUGACUGUCAUCUCAUUUGGCAGGACGGGAUCUCGGCGCGGUGUGGAUGUUUUGUUCCCGGUAUCUACGCCAUCACAACAGACAUGUACAACGACAACUGGGACAAAGGAGAAAAACGUCCAAUACUGAUGAAUGCUGCGUCCUACAUUGGUUGUGCACUGUCCGCCCUAUUGAGCCUUGGCACGUUAGCCAUCCAUCUGUAUUGCAAAACAUCGUCUGCCAUAGCUUCGCUUCAUAAAAAUCUAGCGCUAUCGAUUUUCUUCAGUCAGAUCGUAUUCAUGAUAGGAAUAGAUCGAUACGAAAAUCAAGUUGUUUGUGAGGUUUUCGCUGUUUUAAUCCAUUACUUCGUCCUUUCCACGUAUUCCUGGUUGAUGAAUGAGACUUUCCAUCUGUAUACCACUGUGACAUACUCUGCCCAUGCGCAACACCAAGACCUUUCGGACUCUGGAUCUUUUUUGCGUUAUACAUUUUUAGGAUGGAUCCUACCAGGGGUUUUUGUUGGUGCUUUUGUCGGAUCACAAGGUGAAACAUACUACGCCAAAGAUAUGUGCUGGAUUGCAUGGGACAACCUCUGGUUAUUUGUCGGCCCAACGCUUGGUAUAGUAACGGUGGCGAUAAUGGUUUUGAUAUUAACAGCGAAGGAACACAACGAAAAUUCGUAUACGAAAAGUGAAAAGACCAAUAAAGUGCUGACGAUACAAAUGAAAGGGAUGUGGACCCAGAUCAUCCUAGUCACUGUAAACUGGUCCUUCGCCUUCCUAUCCCUGAAGAUGCAUGACUCGAUUAUCAAGUAUCUCUACGCUCUGAUGAAUGUUUUACAGGCGAUGUUUUUUACGGUUUUUAACCUACUUCACGAAGAGGUCCGUAAUGUACUGAAGGCUAACGAGAAGCUGAAGACACUGUCUACCCCGGGAGUCGACCCAGAGGUGGAUGAACGCUCCAUUGACUCCUUCGCCUCCACUCCCCUAGUGGAGAAGGACAUAAAGGAAGGACUGCAUUUAGAGAAACAAUGCAUGGGUAGAGACCGCCUCCGUGACAAGAAAUCCCAGAUAGAAGCUAGCAGUGAGGAGGAGAUCGAGAGGGAAGGGUCGGACUGUGAAAUGAUUACUAGCCUUUGAGUACCGGAGACUAUUAGGACAUAUGUGAGCUGACUUUGGUACAGACAAAUAACAUCGGUGAUAUUAGACAAAUAUGAGCGCAUGCACCAGCGUGUUUGAUUAGAGUGAUAUUGAAUGCCCUACUAAACCAGUGGUAUCACUGAUUAUUCUCUCAUAACAAAACACCAGCCUAUACCAAGUCGUCGGGAAAUAUCCAUGUAAUGAACUCGCGAUUGCUCGUCUGUUUCAACUACAAUAGACAUCACUGUGUACAUUGUAUAACUGUAUAAUUUGUAUAUGAACAGUGUAUUACUUUCAUUUCCAUUAACAUAUUGACUGUUUCUAAAGGGAAUAUAUAUUUUAACAUGUAUGAUUCGAUUAUAGUACAAUGUAACGUUUACAUCAUUGUUAUAUCACGUGACAUGUUAUAUCGUUUAUCUUUUACAAACGAUACAUACAAUAUUAUAUAUCCACUAUGAUGCUGUUACAAAAUGAUUGAAAAAAUACUAUUUACUUCAAUUAAGAGGUAUAGGUGAAUAUGUACAAUAAUGAUAAACAUUUUAAAAAAUCACCCGCCAAUAUGCAGAGUCCACAUUCGGCCAUAUAUAUAUCGAUAAAUGCAGCAAAUAUAAUUUACUGUUACGUUAGAUAGAUAUCGUGGUGUAAAAUAUCUUAGUCGUCUUUUAAUGCUGGCCCAUAAAACACCACAAAAGUCACAAAUCAUCAUUCUUGUAUGUUCACGUCUCGAGAUGUGUAUACAGUAUAGCCAUGAGUACAUGUAGACAUACCAGGUAUACACGUAUAGGUUAGUAUUCACUCGAGCUACACAUGUACAAUAUUGUACAUACUUCAUUGUAUAUAAUAACAGUCAUACUAGACACAUAAAGUGUAUUACUUAGAAAGGGAAUCGGAAUACAAGGGAAGCAUUAGUGAGAUUAGACAUGGAGCUUUGCUUUAAUUUUUUUAUCCGGCGGACGAAUAGUGUUAUGUCUUCAUCUCAAGCUUUCCAACAGUAAAAAAUGCAUGUAAAUUAGUUGUGAUGAUGAAACAUCGUACCAGUACGGAAUCUGUAAGAAAAUGCGAUAUCGUUCUGUCACACGGUUACGCGGUAUCAAGUGAAGAUCCUAUUUAUAGGCGCAGUUGAGCUUUGUUUUAAUAGAUAGAUAAAAACAGCUGUUUCUCUCACACAGGAAGGUGUAUUCAUCCUUUUCCCGGUCUGAAAUAAACAUGAAUUUCCCCCUCUUUUGGGUGAGAUGGGACAUCACAUCUCGAGCCUAAUGGGGUGUACAUAAUGUUGAUAUUUUCUCUUGCAAAAAGGUAAUGUACCUGUGAAGUGUAAGAGAAAGGCAGUUUGGUAUGUAUAAUGAGCAUGACAAGAUAUAUAUAUAUAUGUAUGACUGGCGAUAUUAUACCUUGAUUGACCUCGAUACUUCCCUUGCCAUAAUGUUGUUAAAUAAUUGUGUAUGACAAAAGAGAUAUGAUAUAGAAUGACAGUAAAUAGCGUCUUAGAUACAUGUAAUUGCUUAUUAACAACGUUAUUGUGCAUUGGUUUCCCACUAACGGGUUAUAUACACAUAACUGAUACAACGUUGAGUUGUGUACAUAUUGUACAGGCUACGUGCGGCAAUGACACGGGACAGAGGACAUAUAGCCUAUUACCUAUGUAAACUUGUACCUAAGUGACCGUAAUAAACACAAUAGAGGCCUCACCAGUGCCUUCUUCAUGCAUAUACAUAAGCAGUGUAAUGUAACCGCGUCACAUCUUCUAUAAUGGGUACAUCAGUUAUUUACUGGACAUGCACAGUAAGAUAAUCAAAUAAAUCGUCACUCUUUACUGUAUAUUUAUAAUGAACAUAUCAUAUUUAUUAUGGUGUGUCAGCUAUGGUAGAAAGUUGGCAGGUUACAUUACAUUACAUGGUUUCAUCAGGGCAGGUUUCACGUUACAAGGUAUGAUGCUGAAGCCAAGGAUGGUUUGGUUUGAUUCAAAGAGUAACACUAGCGUUUCAAAUAUUUCUUUUCCAACAAUCAUCCAAUGUGUAUGUUUAAUGUACAAUAAAAGAAGUCUUACUGCUGCUACACAAUGAUUAGAUGACUUUUACAAACAUUUUCAGUCUGAUCCCAAGGGAAGUGAUGCUCAAGUGGUAAUGAAAUACCAAAAAUGUGCUUAUACGUGGCCGGUAAUGCAAAAAUAAACCAGGAGUGUAAGAACUGAAACGGUCACUUCACCAGUUAGACUACGCAGCCAUCUUUAUACGUAAACCUCAGUUUGUCCUUCUGUGAGUUAUAAAUGCAAACGUCAUUGCAUGUUGGGUUAUAAACAAAAUCAAUUGGAAAACCUUUAUGUGACUGGUGUAUCGUAUGUAUGUGUAUUCAUCAUCCAGAACGUGCCAUCCGUGGCGUGUGUAGUGUAUGUGUUUGUGUAUCAGACGGGUGGGGAUGAGACGUAAUGCAGUUAAUGUGUGGACUCAUAAGGGUGUGUGGGUGUAAGUGCAAACGUUUAAGUUAGAAGAUUCGUGUAUAAAUGUGUUUGGAUAUCAGCAAUAUAUAUAUAUGUGUGGUUAGAUUACAAUGAUUGGUUGAGGUUAAGGUCUUGGGGAGAGACAAAUACUGACGUCACUUGGACAACCAACAAUGUCCUGACAAGUAUGGACGCCCCUUGGAGAGCCAAUAUAAUAGUGACGUCACUUUCCCAUUUCGUGUGCUUUAUAAUUGUGUUGAUUGUUUCGUUGUGACCAAUAUCAUAAUGUAUGCUAUGUCUUUAGAUUAAUUGUAUUAAUUAAAGAGUUGUGCAUUUCUAA